CUUUUCCGUACAUUUGCACCAUCAGCGAACAUGUCGCUCUUCACCAAGAAGGACUUGGGCUUGCUGCUUCCGGACGAUACUCCGGGCGACCCAUUGUCGCUGCGCCACACCAACACCAAAGAGGAGACCGAGGAAUUUAAACCACUGAAGCCCAAGGUAGAUCCGUCCAAGAAGGUAGCACGGUAUAGAGCAGGACAGGUGCCCAAGUUUGCGCAUGGAUAUGAGGAAGACCGUGGCUUCGUGACUGCCAACAGCAAGGUGCGUGCGCUCCCGAAGGUCGAAGCACAGCAUAAGCCUACUCCUGUGAUCAACGCCGGACGGAAACGCGUGGAGGCUCAGGUCAUAAGUGCCAUUAAACCUGCAGCAAAGGACCGUGGUCGAAGAGAACAAGCGUCAUCAUCUUCUGAGGAUGAAAAGGAAUCUAGUGACGAUGAUGUCGCCAAGGCGCUGCAGGAUUCCAGCUCGGAGGAGGAAGAUGAGUCUGACAUCGAUCGUCGUCGUCGCAUGCUACGCAAUAAGGCAAAGGCCCGUGAGGCCCAGAAAGAAGAAGAUGCUCAGUUUGCUGUACCUGAGAAGAAGAGCGUGCGUCAGCUUGUGGAGCCGCAGAUUGUAAAGCGUAGCGCGGUGGCCAUUCCAGCUGAAAAGGCAAAAAACGGCGAGUCUGAGUCUGGAAGCAGCGGCAGCAGUAGUUCGGAAUAUGAGACCGACACAGAUGACUCAGAGCCUGUUGAAGAGCUCAUGAAGCCUGUUUUCGUGCCCAAGAAAGCUCGUGGGACUGUGAAGCGUCAAGAAGAGCUGGCAGCGGAAGAGGAACGCCGCCAGAAGCGAGAGCACGAAAAGAUGGAGGCCCGAAAAAUGGAGUCGCGUCGUUUGGUUGCAGAAGAAGUUCGGCGCGAGCAGGACGGCGCUGAUAAGGAUGACUCAACUGACGUGGAGAUGCCUGACGACACGGAUGGCCUGGACCCAGCGCAAGAGUAUCGCGAUUGGGAGCUGCGCGAAAUGCGUCGAAUCAAACGUGACCGUGAUCGGAAGGAGCAGCGCAAAAAAGAGGAAGAAGAAACGCAAAGGAGGCGUAACAUGACAGAGGAGGAGCGUGCGGCUGAGGAUGCCAAACUGAAGAAGAAUGAGCCCAAAGAGAAGAAUAAACUCAAGUUCAUGCAGAAGUAUUACCACAAGGGUGCCUUCUACGUGGACGACGAUAGUAUUCGCUCGAAGGAUGACGUGCGCAAACGGGAUGCCACCGAGGCUACGCUUGAAGAUAAGUUCAACAAGGAGAUGCUCCCAGCGGUGAUGCAGGUCAAGAAUUUUGGACGCGCUGGCCGCACCAAGUACACGCAUCUGGCAGACCAAGACACGUCCAGCCGCGACUCGCUAUGGGCGCGCAAUGACGGCAUCCGCGAAAAGUACAAAAGUCACCUCAGUGGCAUGAAGAAUAUCGAUGGGUCGACGAAGCGACGGAGAAAAGAGUAACACUUGGAACCGGCGGCUUGGGACGACGCCAGCAGAAACAGCGCGAGCCGAGUCUUAAAGCGCCGUCCACAGUCUCGCUUUGGGUAUAUUCAUUCAGCCACGCAGCAGCAGCAGAGCUCGCUUCCAAAAUGGAGCUCGCACAUGUUGAAAACAAGAGGUUGGUUGGUUUGAACAGAACUCUUGUCUUUCGCUCCCUCUUCCUUGUCCUCAUCAUGAAUCGAACUGUUCGCCUAAGUGCUCAUGUACGUGGAGAUAUCGAUCUGGUCGGGAAGCUCCGGGAUGUUUACCUCGAAGCGCGACUGCACCUUGGCCAGCAUUUCCGUGUCCUCCUCCGAGGAGAUGAAAC